AGUUUGAUUGGGAUACACCAAGCAAGUGUUCACUUCAGCUUGUGUUGGUUAGCAGGUGUAGUUUGCUAGCAGCUAGGCUAGCUUUAGACACUGCCAGCCCAUCAGUGGCUAUGGCUUUUGGGUUUUACCUGGGUGUGACCUUGCUCCUGUCUGUGUGGGCAACUGCAAAAUGUGAUCCUAUUCCCAAUGAAGUUCUUCUUAUGGAGUGUCGUGAUCGCUUCUUCAUGAUAGCUGUUGAUCUCUCAUUCACUGGGAGUGAACCUCACUUUGAGGCUGUUGAUGGGACAGGCGUGCACGCCAUCACUGAGCAGUAUGCAGCUCAGUGUGGCUACACUGUCAGUGUUCUCCCUCUAGCUGGCCAUGUGGAGCUCCGAGCCUCUUACUUCAGCUGUCACACUGACAACACAGAUGACGAAGUGUUCACAUUCAACUUCAACCUGAUUGUGACGCAUGAAGGAAAGGAGGUCACCUAUCCCAUGAACAAGACCUGUUCUCCCUCUCUCCCCUGGUCUCCCAGAGAGGUUACCUGUGAGACCAACUACAUGGAAGUGUCUGUGAGGAGUGAUGUAGUCUGUCCAUCUGGGACAAAGGAGGAUGACUGGAAUGCUGUUGUCCAAACGGCUUACACCUCAGCUGCCUCAGACUGGCAGGUGAUGUUCCAGAGGAUGGACCAGGAGCUGACGCCCAUGAGCCUGGCUGAAGCUCAUGAGCUGGGUUAUGAAUUUGACUUGACUGAUGGAAGGCUGGUAUUUCGUGCUCCAUAUGGACAACCUGACUCAUUCAGCACUGAGGUGAAUGGUGUUCCAGUAGAGGUGGUCCAUGCAACUCUGUUCUCCAGACAAAGCUGGGUGGUCCUCAUGGUCGACCUGGAGGCUGCUUGCUCCACGGAAGAAGGUUUGUACGAGAGUGGCUACAUGAUGUGGGCAACUCCUGAGGUGCUGCACCCGCUGUUGUCUGGUCUACAUGGGACUCAGGUCAACAUUGGAGUCAAUGGUCACCUUGUGGAGCAGCCAGUUGCAGAGGAGAGAGGCUACAUCGUGGAGAAGCACAACACUACAGUCCAGAUCAGCAUCCCCUAUAAUGCUGAUGGAGGAUACAGGAAGAGCUUGGUGUCUGGCGACCUCUACGAGUUCUACAUCUUUCACCUCUACUUGGAGCAAAUCUCAGUGGAAGAGGACCAAGUUGACACCAGAAUUCGUUUCCACAGGACGCUGGCUACGCCUAUGCUGCCACGUCCUGUUUUUACUGAAAACCGAACAGUUCUUCAGGAGCGCAUAUUCACUGUCUACCUUGGAGACAUCCCUGAAGACGUUGAGUUGGCUUCUGUUAAUUUGAAUGGACAAGAAUUUACGGUUCCACUUACAAACACAAGCAGUCACACCAUCACAAAGGUUGUUCAUCCCAACAACACUUACGGCUACACUCUGAGGGUGCCUUUUGAUGACCCUGUUGUUAUGCAGCAGUUCUCUAAAGAAGACGCAGCAAUGCAGCACACACUGGACAUCAACUACACACUGACAGUUCUGCCUGAGAACUUGCCUUUUCACCAGAUGGUGUCAGUCAUGGCCUUAUCUGAUGCCUCUCCUCCAGCUUUUGACGCUGUCUGUUCUGAGUCUGGCAUCAGCUUCAGACUGGACCACCGGCCUUUUGACUACCUGUGGGUGAUCAGUAUCGACUCAGACCCGCUGACAUCAGAGCUGGCAGCCCAGCACGGCUACAUCAUGAGCAAUGACAGCCAGAGUCUGCUGCUCGACGUGCCGCUCUUCACUCAUGGCUACGAGUACAAGGAUGUGUUCUUGAAUGGCUUCACUGGCACCUUCGAGAUCCUCAUGCGGGAUCCUGAAACAUCAGAGGUUCAGAGUUCAACUGUCAAGACUUGCCCAUUCUCCAACACUGAAUACAUUAUGUGUUCCACUGACGGGAAGAUGACUGUGGCAGCUGACUUGUCUCUGGCCAUCCCAAGUGGAGGAGUUCCUGCUAGAACCAACCUCCGAGACAAAUACUGUGGACCCAAAGAGACGGACAGCACCAGGGCUCUCUUCUCUUUUCCACUCAACAGCUGUGGAUCCAUUGUCAAGCUCGGCAAGGAGUAUGUGACCUAUGAAAACGAGAUUUUCUUCAGCAAGAAGCUGCAUGCUCUGAAAAACCCAGCAGACUCCAGCUAUGAUAUUGACAGAGUGACGAUGCAGUGCACAUAUCCUCUGGCUGGACUGUUCCGCCUCUUCUCAGUGUACAGGUUUGAGUCUGACACCGUUGGUGUGGGCCGCAUCGUGCAUUCUGCGCACUCCACUGAAAGUCUACAGAGUCCCACCAUGAAGCCUACUAUAGUGCUUCAAACUCCAGUGUCAACUACCAGACGCAGCAGACGACCUGGCUACCAACCUGCUCAUUAUGUCAAAGUAUCAAGCUUUCUGAGGAAUCUACCGAAGAAAGGAGCCAGAGGAUCUUCUCAAUCCAAAGUACAUGCCAACAUAGCUUGAGGACGGUUUUGAUAUAUUUUUAACUGUAAAUCUCAAUAAAAUUUCUUUAAAAAAAA